AUGGAAGCGGGCCGGCUUCCGUUGCUUGCCAAGCACCGCCAGGCUUCGCCUGCUCGUCGCCUUGGAAGCUCCAUCUGGGCCCGUAUCACGGCAAUCGCGGCCGUGUCGGCGCUCGUCUUCUGGGGGCUCACCCAGGACGGAUUCUUCUUCCAUGCGGCACCGAUGCCUCCUGUCUCUGGGAGCAAACUGGUGCCACUGGAGGCACAUAUUAUGAGCAAGUGCCCUGAUGCCAGGGACUGCCUGCACGACCUCAUCCUGCCGGCCAUGCAGCAGGUCUACGAGAAGACCAACUUUACGCUCUCGUUCAUCGGACAGCAAGCAGCCGACGGUGGCGUCGAGUGCAAACACGGGCCGGCCGAAUGCAUGGGCAACAUCAUCGAACUGUGUGCCAGCAGGCUCUACCCAGACCCCAAGAUCUACCUCGGCUUCACCAUGUGCCUCUUCCGCGACUACCAGGACAUCCCGGAGCAGAGCAUUGUGGAGGACUGCGCGCUGGAGCACGGCAUCGACAUUGAGGCGAUCAACGAAUGUGCCACGCUCGAUGACGGCGAGCACGGCAUGGAUCUGCUGCGUCGCAGCAUCCGGCAUAGCAAGGACGCCGGAGUGACGUACAGCUGCACGGUGCGGCUGGACGAACAGGUGUACUGCAUCCGGGACGACGGCCAGUGGAAGGAAUGCCCGUCGGGCGGUGGGGUGAACGAUCUGGUCUUGGCCGUGGAGAAGCUGUGGCGGCAGGCGAAUGAGUAG